GUACACUUCAAUCUCACUGAUUCGAAGUCAACAACUUCUGAUCAUAAUCGCAGUUCGAGAGCUCGCGCUUCGUCAUGCUUCCCUCUCCAGAAAAUGCACUCUUUGAUGCAUCACAGUAUGCCUUCUUCGGUCAAGAAGAUGUGGAGGAAGUUGAGUUGGGGGGAUUAGAUGAAGAAGAAGAUGGCAUUCCUGUUGUUGGAUAUGGUGAUGAUGAGUACCAUCUCUUUGAUAAGGAAGAGGGUUCGGGCAUUGGAUCAUUGUCUGAUAUAGAUGAUCUGACAACUACAUUUUCAAAGUUAAACAAAGUUGUUACUGGACCAAGGCAUCCUGGGGUAAUUGGUGAUAGAGGAUCUGGGUCAAUUUCAAGGGAAAGUUCAUCAGUCACUGAAUGGCAACAGGAGGCAGAUUUCCCUGACUGGUUAGAUCAACAUAUGUUUGACACAGAAAAUUGUCAGGAGGGUAAGAGAUGGUCAUCACAGCCACAUUCAUCUUCACUCCAUCUUAUGGAAGCAAAACCCUUGGGCCGAACAUCAUCAUAUCCCCAGGAGCAACCGCAGCAGCACUUUUCCAGCGAGCCACCCUUGUACAGAGCAUCAUCAUAUCCUCAGCAGCAACAGGAGCAACACUUUUCCAGUGAACCUCCCUUGUACAGAACAUCUUCAUACCCUCAGCAGCAACAAAAGCAACCUCACUUUUCCAGUGAACCUAUUUUUGUACCCAAAUCAUCUUUCACAUCAUUCCCUCCGCCUGGUGGCAGAUCUCAACAAGCUUCACCCCGCAACCAUUCGCAGCACCUAAAUAUUUCAUCUAUCACUGGUGGUCAUCAGAUGCCCUUUUCUGCCCCAAACUCUCCUUUGUCUAGCUCUAAUCUACACUUAGCUGGCUUGCAUCAUGGGGUGCAUUAUGGUGGAAAUAUGGGUCAGGUAAACCCUCCUGGUCUUUCUAUUAGUAGCCUAACACAAAACCACUGGGCCAGCCACGCUGGUUUGUUUCAUGGUGAUCAGUCCAACCUCUUAAACAAUAGAUUCCGACAACAGUUCCCUCACCAGAAAGGACUAUUGUCAACACAGUUAAUACCAACCCAACAGCAGCUCCAACAGCAAAGGAUGCAUCUUCCAGUUCAGCCAUCUCUAGCUCAUUUCUCAGCAUUGCAAUCACAAGUGUUUAAUGCCCUUCCUUCUAUUCCCUCUCAUUUGGGUAAAUAUGGAUGGGCAGAUAUGAGAGAUCAAAGACUUAAAUCUUCACAAAGGGUUAGACAGAAUAUGCGAUCUAUUCCACAAGGCUCUGAUUCUAAUGACCAGAAGACUGAUAACUGUUACCCACAGUUUAGGUCAAAAUAUAUGACAGCUGAAGAGAUAGAGAGUAUUCUCAGAAUGCAGCAUGCAGCCACACAUGGCAACGAUCCAUACGUAUAUGAUUACUAUCACCAAGCUCGUCUUGCAAAAAAGGCUGCUGAAUUGGGUUCCAAGCGCCGUUUCUGCCCUGUCCACCCAAAGGAGGUUACUUCUCGAUCCCGUAACAGUGCAGAAUCGCAUCCUCAUCUCCAUGUUGAUGCGCUUGGGAGGCUCUCUUUCUCCUCCAUACGCAGGCCUAGUCCUCUACUUGAAGUUGACCCUCCUUCCUCUGCUCUUGGCAAUGGCAAUUCUGAGCAGGUUUCUGAGAAGCCACUGGAACAGGAACCGAUGCUGGCAGCACGAAUCAUGAUCGAAGAUGGCCUUUGUCUUCUUCUCGAUGUAGAUGACAUUGACCGGCUUCUACAAUUUAGUCAGCCACAAGAUGGUGGGACUCAGCUUAGAAGGAGACGGCAAGUCCUCCUGGAAGGCUUGGCAGCCUCACUUCAGCUUGUUGACCCACUUGGAAAAAGUGGGAACCCAGUUGGGCUGGACUUCAAGGAUGAUAUUGUGUUUUUACGGUUAGUUUCACUUCCCAAGGGUCGAAAGCUCCUUUCUAGGUACCUCCAGCUUCUCUUCCCAGGCAGUGACCUUGCUCGAAUAGUUUGCAUGGCUAUCUUUCGUCAUUUGAGGUUUUUGUUUGGUGGUCUGCCCUCCGACGUGGGAGCAGCUGAGACAAUUACUGAUCUCGCGAAGACAGUUUCCACUUGCAUUAAUGGCAUGGAUCUUAAUGCCCUUAGUGCAUGUCUUGCUGCAGUAGUGUGUUCGUCAGAGCAGCCACCGCUCCGCCCCCUUGGUAGCCCUGCUGGAGAUGGGGCCUCGGUUAUUCUAAAAUCUGUUCUGGAGAGGGCAACUCAACUCUUAACUGGUCCUCAUGGUGCUAGCAAUUGUAGCACACCUAAUCCUGCCCUGUGGCAGGCCUCUUUCGAUGCUUUUUUCACUCUUCUGACCAAGUACUGUGUUAGUAAAUAUGAUAGCAUAGUGCAGUCCAUAUACGCACAGUCCCAGCCAACCACUGAGAUUUUUAGUUCUGAGGCUGCAAGAGCCAUAAGCAGAGAAAUGCCGGUCGAACUUCUCCGUGCCAGUCUUCCACACACUGAUGAACUCCAGCGGAAACUGUUGCUAGAUUUUGCUCAUCAAUCCAUGCCCGUUACUGGAAUCAAUGCUCAUGAAGGGAGCAGCGGUCGAGUAACUCCAGAAUCAGUGAAGAGCUAGCCAAGGGAGAGCAGAUAUAUGCCUGGUUCCUACAAAUUAUCUUUGUGGGGUUCUACCAUGCACUUGGUGGGCCAUCAUCAGUUCGCAAAUCUACCCGACCAGUGGAACCGCAAGGUGUGCAAUUCAAAGCCUAAUGUUAUUGGCUACCUCCCCAUCUCCCCCCUCUCCUUCCUACCCCCCCCCCCCCCCCCCCCCCGCCCCCCCGGGGGGAAAAAAAAAGAAAAAAAAAAUGUUUGUCAUACUCUUUGUCUGUCAAGAUAAACUUAGUUGUUGCUGUAUAAAUGUGUAUUAUAUCAACGCUUCUUGAAGGGAGCUCGUGAGUACAAGCCUCUCUGUUUCAGUGAUGUUCUGAUGAAUAUACAGACAUCACUGGAAGUAUAAAGUAUGUAGUAGAAUGCACAGGGACAGGGUCAUCCAUGGGAGAAAGCUUCGCCAUCCAUGGGAUAAUUUUUUAGAUCCUUGUGAUGUUUUCCCAUGCUUUCCCUCUUCAUCCUCAAUCUUAACCCAUUCCCCCCCCACCCACUCCCCUCCCCCCCCCCCCCCCCCCCCGCGUCUCCCCCCCUUCUCUCUCCCCCUCUUCCUCAUUCCCUUUGCUUUCAAACAAAUAUGGCCAAAGGGAAAAAUAAAAGGAAAAGCAAUUCUGGCUGAUUUUGAAGCAGAAGAAGAUUCAUCAUCAACGAUGGCAAGUACUGAAUGAAGAAGGCAGGCUCAGUAAUGAAAGAGAAGACCACAAACAUCAGCUAUUGAAGAUGCUUGUGUGGGUAGUAGUUUGUUUGUUUGUUGGCAGUUCAAACUUUAUUGUUAGUUUAAUGGUUGAAUUGAAGAUAUUGUUGCUGUAAUAUCAAUCGUGGGAUUGUAUUUUGCUCCAUUGUUAUAUCAGGUAUCCUGCGUGUGGCCAUGCACUGUAACAACAUUUCUUAGGCUUCAGGAUAAUGGAUGUUACUGUGAUUUAUGUGAAUCAACUUUAUGAUUGCA